AUAAUAAUAAUAAUAACAAUAAAAAUAAUAAUAAAACGACUUCGAGAUGGCUGAUCUAGAGGCUGUAUUGGCGGAUGUCAGUUACCUGAUGGCCAUGGAGAAAAGUAAAUGUACUCCAGCAGCAAGGGCCAGCAAGAAACUGAUAUUACCCGAUCCAAGUGUUCGCUCAGUUAUGUAUAAAUAUUUGGAAAAGGAAAACGAAUUGGAAUUCCAUAAGAUAUUUAAUCAGGUUAUAGGUUACAAUCUAUUUAAAGAUUUUUGCGAAAACGAUUCUGAGGAACCCAUACAGCAAUUCAAAUUUUAUGAACAGAUCAAACAAUUUGAGAAAACCGAAUGCUAUGAAGAGCGCAAAAAAAUGGCACGUGAAAUUUAUGACAAUUUUAUUAUGGAGGAAAUGUUAUCGCACACAUAUGAUUAUUCCAAAGAUGCAGUUAUAAGCGUACAAAAGUAUUUAUUAAAAAAUGAGGUACCCACAAAUUUAUUUGAGCCAUAUAUUGAAGAAAUUUUCAGUUAUUUAAAGGGCAAACCUUUUAAAAAGUUUUUAGAAAGUGAUAAGUUUACCAGAUUUUGCCAAUGGAAAAAUUUGGAACUCAAUAUACAGUUGACAAUGAACGAUUUUAGUGUACAUCGCAUUAUUGGUCGUGGUGGUUUUGGUGAAGUAUACGGCUGCCGGAAAGCCGAUACUGGCAAAAUGUAUGCCAUGAAAUGUUUGGACAAGAAACGCAUCAAAAUGAAACAGGGUGAAAUGCUGGCAUUAAAUGAACGUUCCAUGCUGCAGGUGGUCAGCACUGGGAAUGACUGCCCUUUUAUUGUUUGCAUGACAUAUGCAUUUCAUACACCAGACAAAUUGUGUUUCAUAUUGGAUUUAAUGAAUGGUGGUGAUUUACACUAUCAUUUGUCACAGCAUGGUGUUUUCAAUGAGGACGAAAUGAAAUUCUAUGCUGCUGAGGUCAUUUUGGGUUUGGAACACAUGCACAAACGUUUCAUUGUUUAUCGAGACUUAAAACCAGCCAACAUACUCCUCGACGAAAAUGGCCACAUACGCAUUUCCGAUUUGGGUUUAGCCUGUGAUUUUUCACGCAAAAAACCCCAUGCCUCAGUGGGUACACACGGGUAUAUGGCACCCGAGGUCCUGUCAAAGGGUACUGCCUAUGAUUCAUGUGCCGAUUGGUUUAGUUUUGGUUGCAUGCUCUACAAACUACUCAAGGGCCAUUCACCAUUUCGACAGCACAAAACCAAAGAUAAACAUGAAAUUGAUAAGAUGACCCUAACCAUGAACGUAGAACUUCCAGAUACGUUUAGUCCCGAACUGAAAGAUUUAUUAGAUUUACUUCUACAAAGAGAUGUUGACAAACGUCUCGGUUGCAUGGGUAAUGGAGCCGAAGAAGUGAAAUCACAUCCCUUCUUUUCGGGCAUCGAUUGGCAUCAGGUCUAUAUGCACAAAUACACACCACCAUUAAUACCACCGAGAGGCGAAGUCAAUGCGGCUGAUGCCUUUGAUAUUGGUUCAUUUGAUGAAGAAGAUACCAAGGGCAUUAAAUUGACAGAAUCCGAUCAGGAACUGUAUAAAAAUUUCAAUCUGACAAUAUCAGAAAGAUGGCAACAAGAAGUGAUAGAAACAGUUUACGAAACCAUUAAUCAAGAAACGGAUAAAAUCGAACAGAAGAAAAAAGCCAAACAAAAGCAACAUUUCGAUGCCGAUGAAAAGGAAUCCGAUUGUAUUUUACAUGGUUAUAUUAAGAAAUAUGGCGGAUCCUUUGCCUCAUUGUGGCAAACCAAAUAUGCCAAAUUAUAUCCUAAUCGCCUAGAAUUACAUUCAGAAAGUGGUAAUAAUAAACCAGAAUUGAUAUUCAUGGAUCAAAUAGAAGAUAUCUCUUCAGAUUUUGUACCUUACAAAGGUGAACAGUGUAUUCAAAUACGAGUCAAUGAUGGUUCCCGAGAUGGACGAAUUUUACUAACAAAUCCCGAUGAAAUCGGUUUAAAAGAAUGGGCCUACUCUUUACGUUCAGCGCACAAAGUGUCACAGGAGCUGUUGGGUUCAAUGGCGAAAAAGGCCGGUAAAAUUUAUGGCAGUGAACGUGAUGGCAAUAAAUCCAUGUAUAUAUUAGGAGGAAAUUCAAUGCAGAAGAAUGCAAAUGGUGCGAAUUAGCAUCAACUUUUAGUAGUAUUAAUUUAAAACAA